GCUUGAGCUAACUCACACUUUCAACCUAGCAAGCAAUAGCUCAACACGACAAUAGAUCUCGUGCAAUUACAGCAACAAACAAGAAAACACAAGAGUUAUACAAUAUCAAAGCAAGCAGGUCAAGCUAUCAAAAUGACCGAGGUAGAUCCUAACGCAACCAGAGCUCCUGAGAGCGAUGCUGCUGCUGGUGCUGCGGCUUCUACUACCCCUGCCGCUCCCAGCGCCGAUGCAAGCACAACUGCCGCUGAGCCGAUCAUUCCCGGCGACACCCCAGCUCAGACGGGUCCUACCAUGGGCGAACACUGUGUGACGGACAGACCAAGUCCCUCUGGCAAGAGCGGAUCUGGCGAGACCAGGAAACUAGGCGGCGUCGACACGUACAUCUCAAAGCCCAGCGAGUACCCGCACGCGCCCGCCAGGCUGCUACUGCUCCUGACGGGCGGCACCGGCAUCCAGUCCACCAACAACCAGAUCCAGGCCGAUAAGUUUGCCACCGAGGGCUUCCUCGUCGUCAUGCCCGACUUGUUCGAGGGGGACGCCUUCCCCAACGCCGCCACGGCCCCCGAGGAGGGCCUCUCGCUCCUCGACCAGAUCAAGCUCAAGGCCGCCGAGGCCGCCAAGAGCUUCAUGAUCGACAUGUGGUCCGCCCGCCACACCGAGGAGAAGGUCAUGCCCGUCCUGCACAAGGUCAUCGACGCCUGCAAGGAGGAGUUUGCCGAUGCCAUAUCGCACGGCAGCGGCAUCUAUGCGGCUGGCUACUGCUUCGGUGGCAGAUAUGUCAUCCUGCUCGCCUCGGAGCGCGCGGGAGCUGCUGGCGGUGAUGCUCAGACGACGACUGCCUCAGGGCCUCUCAUCAAGGUUGGCGCACUUGCGCACCCGUCCAUGGUCACCAUGGAGGAUUUUGUCUCGGUCAAGUCGCCCCUUGGCUUGGUGUGCGUGGAGAACGACCCCAUGUUCUCGGACGAUGUGAGGACAGCGAUGGAGGACCACCUGUCCAAGAACAACCUCGAGCACGAGGUUCAGGUGUACCCAGGAGUACCGCACGGCUUUGCCGUUGUUGGUGAAUAUGACGAUCUCAAUAUCAAGAAUGCUCAGGAGACGGCUUAUGAACAGAUUCUCAAGUGGCUCAAGGACCACUAGAUCAGGUGGAAGUUGUGUAAGGGCAUGGCGUUACGGAAUUUUGGGCAAGGUAGAUAGCAUAAGAGCUAUUUCUUUUUAUUUGACAAAGCCUCUUAAGUGUAGUGUGUUCCAGUCGCACAUGACUGGAUUUAGGGACUGAUGUAUAUCUGAGAUACCAGCUUUAGUCGGUGUUUUCGCGACACCGGUUCGUUCAACCGAAAUCAAGGGCUACUUUAUCAAGCAG